GUGAUUUUCUUUAUCUGCGCCGCCUGUCGCUCUAUCAGUGGCGCUGGCCGUCCGCGCCUGAUUUGAUUAACCAAAAAAAUUGUUGCACGCCCGACGGCAGUGCGCACUCGUGUCGCAGCUCCAGCAAAGGUUAGUCCAGCAGGACUGCUCAGGCAGCACAAUGUCGUUUAAAAAGCACUAUCUGAAGUACGUCGUCGGUGGAAUCGUGAUAUUUGGCCUCGCUGUUGCCGUCAUUGUGUUGGCUGUGGAAGUGGCUCGCCUCUCUGAUGAGUUGAACAACAAAAAUCCCGAAGAACCGUGGAAAACCAACUACCGCCUUCCGGAGCAGCUAAUUCCAGAUUACUAUGUUGUCAACAUACAUCCAAACAUGGAGACUAGCAAGUUUACGGGAUCAAUGUUUUUGUACGUGGACAUAAAUGGUGGCAGCCUUAAUUACUUGCCGAUUCACCAAAAGGGCCUCGCCAUCACCAACCCAACUAUUGCUUCUGUGGAUAAAAUAAACGGAAGGGUUUUGCGGAACAUUGAGGUCGCUUCGUAUCUUGAAGUACCUGAAAACGAGUUUUUCGUCAUUUUGCCGAAAGAGGCACUCGCACCUGGAAAAUACAAAGUGAGCUUGGAAUUUAGCGGGUCACUUGAUCAACCCGAGUUGGUUGGAAUCUACUCCUCGGAAUAUGCUGUUUCUCAAUCUGGAUCUGAAGAGAAAAGGAAGCUUGUAACAUCAAAGUUUGAACCAACCUACGCACGCCGUGCUUUUCCUUGCCUUGACGAACCAGACAAGAAAGCCACCUUCAAGAUUUCGUUGGUCAAGCCUAAGUUCGAAAAUGACAAAUGGUCUGCGCUGUCAAAUAUGAACGUGGAAUCCACAAAACCAGGCCCAGGAGAAAAUGAAGAAACGGUCACUUUCAAUUUCUCAGAGAAAAUGUCGACAUAUCUGGCUGUCUUCAUAGUCAGCGAGUUCACUCACGAGGAAGCUAUUGCACAAAAUUCAAAUGGACAGCAGUUCCCCGUCCGAGUUUAUGGGCGAGAAUUCCCAGAUUUGACUGAGUCGAAGCUGACGUACCCUCUGGAUGUUGCCAAAAACGUUGUGGAGUAUUACAUCACCUUUUUUGGCAUUGACUAUCCACUCCCGAAAUUGGAUUUGAUUGGAAUUCCUGAUUUUGUGUCCGGAGCGAUGGAGAACUGGGGUCUUAUUACUUUCCGUGAGACGAAUCUACUUGUUGAUGAAAAGAACGAUGCAAUUUCAAAUAUUCAGCAAGUUGGUUCAGUCAUUUCUCACGAAAUAGCCCACAUGUGGUUUGGAAACUUAGUGACAAUGAAGUGGUGGGAUGACCUUUGGCUCAACGAGGGCUUUGCUUCGUUCAUGGAGUACAAAGCAUUGGACAAUUACAAAUCAGAUUACAAAAUGUUGGACCAGUUUUUGGUGUCUGACCUGCAGCCUGUUCUGGCGCUAGACGCCCAGCUCAGCUCCCACCCAAUCAUCCAGCCUGUUGCUCACCCGGAUCAGAUCACUGAGAUUUUUGACACAAUCACAUAUAGCAAGGGGUGCUCUGUGAUUCGAAUGCUGGAGGGAAUACUUGGGGAGAAGGUCUUCCAAACUGGAGUGUCUGAAUACCUGAAAACCUUCAAAUAUAGCAAUGCUGUAACGCAAGACCUCUGGAAGUCAUUGACUGCAGCUGCUUCGACUGCUGGACUGGGCAUUGAUGUGGCCACUGUCAUGGACACAUGGACCUUGCAGAUGGGCUUCCCACUAAUAAAUGUCAGCUACGACGCCACCUCAAAAAUUGCCACAGUUAAGCAAUCCAGGUUCUUUGGCUCUCCCAAUGCGAAGAAGUCAGCAGCUAAGGCAUCGCCUUUCAACUACGCUUGGGAAGUACCUCUUACGUAUUUUACGCACGAUGAUCAAGACAACGCUAAAAAACAGUGGCUAAAGAAAGAUCAGCAAUCAGUUAAUAUUCCCAUAGACACACCGAACUUCAAGUUCAACUCACGACAGAUUGGCUUCUAUCGAGUAAAUUAUGACGUGGAAACAUGGAAAAAACUCAUCAAUACACUGAAUGACAAAACCAUCACAUAUUCCACCGACAGGUCAUCCCUCAUAGAUGAUGUUUUCAGUUUGGCUGAUGGACAGUAUGUAGAAUAUAGCUUGGCCCUUGACCUUCUGCUGUACGUUAAGAAAGAAGAAGAUUAUGUGCCCUGGUCCACGGCCGCAAACAAACUGUUGAAAUUGCUGCCUUUUAUGCGAGACCGGCCCGCGGAAUUGAACUUCAAGAAAUUGGCUAAAGAUCUUGUUGCCGAGCGAUAUGACGCACUUACUUGGAAUGCAGGAGCUGAUGAACCACAUCUUACGAAACGCCUUCGCUCGACAAUCCUCAACCUUGCUUGCUCAUGCGACAACGCAGACUGCCUAGCUGGUGCCGCGGAGCCCUUCAAAAGUUGGAUCGCAGAUGAAAACGCAAAAGGAGACGUGAACGUGCGCCAGCAGAUGUACAACUUUGGAAUGCAAAGCGAAGGACAUAAAGAUACCAACUGGGAAACGGUUUGGGCCCGAUAUUUGAAAGAAAAGGAUCCGCAGGAAAAGCUAAAGCUAAUGACUUCCUUGACCUACGUGUCCAGUACUUACCAUUUGAACCUGUACCUCGAGCGGGCCAAAAAUGAAAGCUACGUCCGAGGCCAAGACUACUUCUCUGUCCUUCAGUACAUGUCUGAUAAUCCUCUAGGCUCAAGUAUUGUCUGGAACUUUGUUAGGGACCAGUGGCAAUAUUUGGUUGAUCGAUUCACCUUGAACAGUAGAAGCUUGGGAAGGUUAAUUCCUCGCAUCACUCAGAAUUUCAACACUCAAACUCGAUUGGAUGAGAUGAAGGACUUCUUUGCCAAGUACCCUGACGCAGGAGCUGGAGCAUCGGCUAGAGCCCAAGCACUUGAAAAGGUGGAGGCAAACAUUCAGUGGGUCAGCUUGUAUUACAGUGACAUUGAAAAAUGGCUUGAAACCUAUUCAAGUGCAAACCCUUAAUAGGGAUUUGGCUAAAUUGUGAUGAUAUCUUUUUGUACAUAUUUUUUAAACUUUUAACGUGAUUAAAAAAACAUAUUUUUAAUUUUCAAUUAAAA